GAUCAUGUAUAAAUUCUCUUAUUGUCUCAUUUCUUUAGAAGCCCACAAAAAGACAAUGAAAUACAACGAGAUAUCCCAUUUUAGCCAUCCCCAACACAAGCUCAAGUUCGAGUACUCAGAAUUUCCGUUCAAGUGUGACGGCUGCAAGGAAGUUGGCAUCGGUUCUUGCUACAAAUGUACCUCCUUCUGCGAUUUCGACCUCCACAUGCACUGCGCCAUACCUUCUCCAUCCAUCUCCCAUCCAUUCUAUACGAAAUGUUCAUUUCAGUUCCUCGCCCAGCCGCCCGGUGACGUGCCAAGAUAUUGCAACGCCUGCGAGAAGGACGUCACCGGCUUUGUCUAUCACUGCAAGGGCUGUGGAUUUGAUCUCCAUCCCUGCUGCGCCAAGCUGCCUAUGGUCCUCGACGAUGGAGAGGUGAAGUUGUUUCUUCAUAGGAAGGUGAGUGCUCCCUGCCAUAAAUGUGGAAGGAAAGGGAGGAGCUGGAGUUACAGGUCAGCAUGUAAGAAAUACAACCUCCACGUGGCGUGUGUGCGGGAGAUGUUGGUGGAGAAUUGGCAUGAGUUGUAUUUCGGACGUGGCAAAGGUAGUACUAGGAAGCUAGAGACAAGAAUCCCUAGCUUGAAGAAUACUCUUCAGACUCCUCAUCAGAGGGGCAAGGGGAAGAAGGUGAAAAAGUGCUGUGAGAUAGCCGGAUUAGCGUUGCAGUUUGUAAUAUCGGCCGUGCUCGGCGAUCCCACGGUUCUCAUUGCUGGGGUUAUUGGUAGUUUGAUGUCAAGAUAAAUUAAGGUUGAUGAGAUUGUGGACUGAAUUGUAACGCAGGGGAUGCUUAACUUUAUGCAGUGGGUAUUCAUGGGUCCAUGUGUGCCUCUUCUGAUGGGAAUAAAUUAUUCCAUGUUAAUCACAUGUUGUGGAAAAUGAAAAUGUUUUAAAUUC